UUUCUCUUUAUGAUGUUGAUUUGGAUGGAAAGAUCACUCCGAUUGAGAUGUCACUCUUUCUACAUCGAUAUCCAGCCCUUAAAAGGGAUAUCGAUCUACUUGUCAUUCAGCUCAGAGGGAUCUAUAGACUCCAUGAUGUAAAUGAGGAUGGUCAUUUAGACGAGAUCGAAUUUAUAUCAGCUGCUCCAUCCGAGAGUCCUUCCAAACAGAGUCCUAAUCACGAAGAUGCCUUCGUUCUUUUCGAGACGUUCGAUAAGAACAGAGACGCGCGAUUAAGUUUUAAGGAGGUGAUGGACACGGUGCGGAGUAUUGGCUCGACCACCUUGACUCCAAUCGAAGCAAUUCAUCAGUUUGGUCUGAUUGAUGUUGAUCAAGAUGGCAUUUUGUCUUUUGAUGAAUUUUACAGGUCACUCGAAGUUCUACCACAAAGCUCAACCGCAGCAAGUGAAGAGCAAUAAUCGGAUAGGAGUGGUUGACGGGUACACAAUCAAUCAACGACGAGUGGAUUUCAAAAACUGUGGAUUUUAGCAUUUUCAACUCCAAAGCGUUCCUUAUUGAUUUGUGUUUAAUUCUUGAGCCACGUCUCGCAAUCUCACAGUAUUUGGCCUAUGUUUUAAUCAUCAACAUUGAUGUAGACCAAUACCAAUUUGUUUGAAAUGAAUGUGUUUUUGUCUGUAAUGUGUAUUUGAUUUACAGCAAUAUAAUAGCAUUUUUUUUAUUAUUGCCUUCAUAUAUUUCACUACUCAAAGGAAACUCCGUUUCUGUAAGUGGCCCAAGCGCAAAAAGAAAUGAUUAUUUUUUUUUUUAAGUCUCUUCAUUUGUUGACGUAAUACAAAUAUAAAAUAGACAGCAUGUUAGUAGAUCGAAUUUUCAAAAUAUAAAUAUGAAAGGAGGAAUAUGGAAAUUACAUGCCUGUGGCGUUUUCUGGAAAACCAUUAAAACCAUCGAAUAAUUUGUUCGUAAAUUAUUAAUAACUAUAAGAGUUCAAUAUCAUGCUGCAGAUACGUCAAAGAGAGUAUUACGUUAGAAUACCAGUAAUCAGACAUGAUCUUAUUUUUCAAUUAUAAUUUACAUCUAAAUUAACGUGGAUCUUUCUGGUAUUCCAAUGUGUGGGUGUUGAAGCAUCUCAUCCGAGAAAUUUAAUCUUGAAAUAGGAAAUAGUAACUUGUAAAAUGCAACUUAAAGGACAAGUCCACCCCAACAAAGAGUUGAUUCGAAU